GACAAAAGACUGGUUCUCUUUUUCCUUUUUUGACCUUUCCUUUAGCAACCAAGAAGUGGAAGACCACAAUUGCAUUGUUAUAAUGCACUCUUCCCUCCCUUUCCUUUUAUGAGUCAAUCGAAUCAUAUUUGCUGAGGAUUCACUGUGUGCAAGGCCACAAGAGGUCCCAGAAGCUUUCGCCCAGCCCAGAUAUGGUGGUAAUAACCUCACUGACUUGUCUCGGGCUGUGUGCAAGGCUUCUAGUCUGCGGGAGUCAGCUUUUAAAAGGCAGUAUCUCCGGGCCAGAAAGAAAAGCCUUGGGAGAGGACACUCCUUGGGGCUCAGCAUCCUGUUAAUAACCAGGUGCCUGCAGAGACAGGCUGGACUGCGCAUUAGCUGUGUGACCUCUGACAAGACACGGAGCUUUUCUGAGUCAUCACCAGCGUAGAUUUGACAGACUCUUCGUCUGUAUAAUGGGGGUACCUAGCGACACUCGCCUUAAAAACUUGCAGUGAGAAUUCAACAAAGUAACAUAUGCAUGCAUAUCUGCUUUAUUAGUUCAUGUAUUCAUUCAUCUGCUAUCGGUUGCUUUGUUGGUCCUUCAGCAGGGCCCUGUGCCCAACCCUGACUACCAGAGACUGCACUGGAGGGAGCCAAGGGGAUGCAAGUGUGAGGGAAACAGCUGACGAGGAGCUGUGUCCCAAGGCUGGGGUGCUCUGCGGGGAGAAGGGCUUGCUCAGGGAAGACCUGAGAGAUAAACUUGGCUGUUUUGCACACGGGCUGGCAGGCCUGGCCCACAGCGAUCUGUCUUUGUGGUCACUGCCUACCACCUUGUCUGGACAGUGUGGGGUGACCGCUUCACCUGCUUGAGUGACCUGCGAGUGUCACCGGGCUCAGAGCCAUCCUGGGAGACUGAGACUGAGAAGCUGUGUGCUAACAGCACAGGCGUGGAGGAUUCAGCCGUACCACAUGCCAGUGGGACCCCCCCCCCCCCGGAAGGGGUCACAGGUGUGUGCACAGGCCUGCGUCUGUGGGGGGGGGGGACAGUUUGUAAAUGAGGAAGGGCUGGAAGUCAAGGACACCUGGCGACCUGUAUGCUCUGCUUUCCUUCCCUCCUCCUGAGAGUGUCUGGGAACGGGAUCUUCCUGGGCUCAUCUCCAUGUCCCCUGUGGUCUCUGCACAGAGCCUGGCACACAGUAGGUGCCCAGAAAAUAUUUGUCAGAUGAUGUAAGGGAUGAGACAGGUGGGAAGAGUCCAUUUCUGGCCAGCGUUUCCCUUCUGAGGACCCACGAAGUUGCUUUUUGACCCUGGUCUUGUAGUUCCAGGAAGCCCAUGGGGCCACCAGUCUGUAUAAGUGUAGCCUUUGGGGGACGCUGGUCAGAGAAGCAGUGACCUACUUACCAUGCCUGGGAUGGGAUGAUGCUGUGACCACACUUAACAGGACGAUUGAGAAGCCUUUGUGAUCCUGGGUGGUCAGAAGCAAAUUAGGAGACUGCAUUUUGUUUUCCUCCCUUUAAGUUAGAGAAAAACCAUCUGGGGAAAGUUCCCUUGUUCCAGCUCUCCCUUCUCUUCACAGACGUGCUGAUAGUUCGCACUCCUGAUAUUUGAAGACCCUGGGGUUUUUCUUUGUGAAAUAAGCGGGGAGAGUGAAUCAGCCUGUGACGACUACAUGUGCAGGUGGUGUGGUGAUCCACCCCACCUCUCCGCCUCAUGGCUUUCUAGAGAGCUGUAGAACCUCCCAAUGCCUGAGUGUCAGCAGCGGCCUCGCACCAGGAAGCGGGUAUAAUCUAGAUGGGAGACAGCGCUCUACGAUGCCCUGCGGGAAGAGCACCUCUUCUGCCUGUGAGCGAUUUGUCACUUCCUUCUGUAAGACUGGCACCAGCAGACAUGCAGUCUCAGAGGAUCCCGGGGAGAAAGCGAGGCCGACCCCCACUGCACUCAACACCUAUGAAGAUGGCAGUGCAUAACCUUUAUUCUGCUUCAGCUGGUUCUUUGCCAGCAGCGAAGAUCCCAAAGAAAAGAGGGCGGAAGCCUGGGUACAAGCUCAAGUCUCGGGUUCUUAUGACUCCUUUAGCCCUCUCGCCUCCGCGGAGCACACCGGAGCCCGACCUCAGCUCCAUCCCUCAAGAUGCAGCCACCAUACCCAGCUUGGCCGCCCCACAGGCUCUCACAGUCUGCCUCUACAUCAACAAGCAAGCCAACGCAGGGCCAUACCUGGAGAGGAGGAAGGUGCAGCAGCUCCCUGAGCACUUCGGGCCCGAGAGGCCGUCGGCAGUCUUGCAGCAGGCCGUGCAAGCGUGCAUUGACUGUGCCCACCAGCAGAAGCUUGUCUUCUCCCUGGUCAAACAAGGCUAUGGUGGUGAGAUGGUAUCAGUGUCGGCAUCCUUCGAUGGGAAACAGCACCUGCGGAGCCUGCCUGUGGUGAACAGCAUCGGGUACGUCCUCCGUUUCCUCGCCAAGCUGUGCCGAAGCCUUCUGUGUGAUGACCUCUUCAGCCACCAGCCCUUCCCCAGGGGCUCCAGUGGCUCUGAGGAAACCCAGGAGAAGAAGGAAGGCAGGAUGGAGUCAGCAAAAACAGUCACCACUGAGGAGUGCCUGGCGAACCCUGUGGGCAUGAACCGCUACAGCAUGGACCCCUCCGCCUCCACCUUUAGCCACAGGGGCUCCUUGCCCACCUCUUCCUCGCUGUACUGCAAGAGACAGAACUCUGGAGAUGGCCACCUUGGGGGAGUCUUGGCCACCACUGCCAGUGGUCCCCGCUCCAGCCCCAUGUCCUCUGGAGGCCCCUUGACACCUGGGCUGAGGCCCCCAGGCUCCAGCCCCAAGAGAAACGGGACCCCUCUUGAAGGAAACAGAUGUGCCUCAAGCCCUUCCCCAGACGGACAGGAUGCCAGGAGGCCCCGGAGCAGGAACCCCUCCACCUGGACUGUGGAGGAUGUGGUCUGGUUCGUGAAAGACGCUGACCCGCAGGCUCUGGGGCCUCACGUGGAACUCUUCAGAAAGCACAUUGCUUUAGGAGAAUUUUGUCGUAACUCUGAAGAUAAUUGGAAACGCCCAGCAGUGACCAAGGACUUGAAUUUAGUCAUUGGCAGAAAGUCGGGAAAGAUGGAAACAUUCUCCUUGAUGUCUCCAUAGUCAGGUAUUCAUACCUGUGAGCAGGUGAGUGCCAGUGUUUGCUCUCACAGGGCACUUUUUCAACUCUUCCCUGGUGGGGUUACAGGAUGAAGAGAUUGGACUCACCUUUCUUUUUUUAAACCUCAGAUAAGAAGACAUCGGGUUGUGAGGGAGGAGGUGACCUUUUUAAAGCUGCAAUAUUUUGUUAAGGAGAGGGGUGAAAACCUGUUGGCGGAUGUGGUUUAUUUUGUACCAUAAACACACUCCACGAACUGAGUAGUUGCCCAGCUGUGCUGUUGUCUCACCAUGUCUUAUAUUCCUGGUGGCAUGAGAGGGCCGCUUGGGGACCCCAGAAGUGAAUCCAGAAGUCUAGAGAUGCAGUCAUUCCUCUUUCCAUCCUCCUAUGUCACCCCGGGGACGACGCCCCGCUUCGCUCACACGGCCCUUGAGCUUCCAGCCCAACUGCUGGUCGUGCUGUUGUGCUGUCGAGGGAAGUUCCAGGGAGUCCUUCCCCCCCAGUGGUUACCCUAAUCGAAGACGAUUCCUUCCUGGACAAUUGGAAGCUGGAUUUUUGAAAAUCUAACCUUGACUUGAAAGAGAAUCUCUGUUAUUUAUGGCCACCAGUUAAAUAUUAUGGAAACAUGUCUGUUAACAAUUUGCUUUGUGUAAUUUGUUCUAAUGCUAAUAAGUCACAGCUGGGAUACUUCCUGUGGUAAAUUCCUCUGUGGUUACAGUGGUAUUAUCACACAUGGACUUCACCAAAACACUGUGCUUAAGAAGAACCGUUCACCCUGGCUCUCGCAGGCUUCAGGAAAUUCCCCUAACGGAGACGCAGCUCUGGGCAAAAGCACGGGCGUUUAGAAAAGGAUUUGCUCUUCUUUGCUCCCUCCCUUUCACAAGCAGGGCCCCAGACCCAUACAGAAGCCCCUCACACUUAGCACUGAGUUUGAGUUCCUCCAGAGGAAGAGAUGGAAAGCAGAACUUAGGAAUGACAGCUCCCUCCAGGUUAGGAGGCUGUACCCGGAGUCCAUAUUAAGAGGAGGUGGGCAGGAGAGAGGAGUGGAGACACUUCCAAAGGGGAAGAGCUAGUUCAGCAGUCGAUCACAUAAUGAGGUCAGAUACUUGUGGAGACAACAGCGUCUUUCCGUCCAAACGGUCUAAGUAGACCACUCAGACUUGCUCCGGGCUGCCGGCCCAUCAUGCUCUGCUCUGUCGCUCUACCAUGUGACCUGAGCCUCGGAGUUGGUUCUGUGCACUGCACUGGCGCUUCAUACAAAAGGCCGACACAGGCGUCUUCCCUUAGAUCCUACUUUGGAACACGCCCAGAGCCUUGUGUUUCCCAACAGCUCACUCUGAAAUAGCGGGCCCUGAUGGGGUGUCACUUCACAGUCAACCUGGGUGACCGGAGACGGCCUCCAUCAUAAAUGUAGCACCCCCACAUCUCAGGAAGGCUCUGCCUUCCCCACCCAGCACUGGACCGCCUUCCCCCACAGCCCUAAGAAAUGGCUAUGCCUGACGACGUCCCAUUACGGGGAGUUCACUCCCAUAGGAAGUGGCUUAUUUCUCUGUUGGACAGCUCUGGUUGUGAAAAAGUUCUUUCUCAGGGAGACACAGAUGUCUGCGAAUCAGACACAGACGUCUGAGAUGAAGCCAACUCUGCAAUCUUUCUCUUUUUAACAGAGCUUGUCCGUGCAGUAACCGCACCUAUAAUACAAAUCGAUGUUGGCGAGCAGAUCCGCGCUCUGUUACAUUAGAAUAGAGGAAUAGAUGCUUUAUAUAAAUGUAGAACUUAGUUAGGUCGUGGCCAUCAGAUUCAUCAGCCCUGUCGUGAAAACCUAGCAAAAUUCCUGUGGCCUCACACACACACACACACACACACACACACACAAAGGGUGUCCUGGGAGAAUCUUCAGUGUCGUCAUAAAUCUGGCUCUGGUCACACAAGAAAUAUGAAUUACAUAAGCUUGUGUGAAUGAAUCUAUAAGGCCGUGUGCUUUUUUAACUGGGGAAAAAAUGCUGUGAGGCACCAAGGGCCUAUCUCUUAAUUGUACUCAUUAGUGAUAAAAUGAACUAAGGAAGCUUUAGAGAAAAACAAGUUAUAAUUGAUGACAGAAAAAAACAUGGUCUGUCGUGAAGGUCUGAAGAGUUAUGCAGUUAUAACCCCAAACCCAAGUUACAUUUCAUGCUUGUGUGUGCAUGCAUGAGUGACUGUGCAUUUGUGAGUUAAUGCAACAGGAAGUGGGAAGUGGGAAUUGAGGGGAUGUUUAAGGAGGCAUUGAAGAGGGAGGUUUUGCUUUCUAGAGCAUUCUAUCUUAAUCAAAAGAACUAUCUAGCAAUGAUUUAGAUAUCAGACCCCAAACUAAACAUAACACAUGGUUUAUGUAGCUUACUUAGAUAAAAUCUGGCUCAUGGAGCAGAUUCUCUAUGACAAUAUUUUUUUGUAUUUUUAAGUUUUUAAAUUUUUUUAAUGUUUAUAUUUGAGAGAGAGAGAGAGAACCAGCAAGAGAGGGACAGAGAGAGACACAGACAGAAUCCAAAGCAGGUUCCAGGCUCUGA